AAGGCAGUAGUCUGGACAGAUGUCUUCCAGUUUUUAAUAAUGAUAGGUGGAUUUUUAGCAGUGAUUGGUCGAACAGUAGUAAUUAAAGGAGGAUUCGGUCCCAUUAUAGAUGAUGCUCGUCGUGGAGGAAGACUAAGAUACUGGGAUUUUGAUCCUAAUCCUCUGCAAAGGCAUACUUUCUGGACUGUUGUUGUUGGUGGCACUUUCACUUGGCUUGGCAUAUAUGGAGUAAAUCAGUCUCAGGUUCAGCGAUAUGUUGCUUGUAGAACUCGACUUCAUGGAAAACUCUCCCUGUAUCUAAAUCUUGUGGGACUCUGGAUAACUCUCUCUUCUGCAGUGAUGAGUGGGCUCUCAAUGUACUCUAUAUACAAAGAUUGCGACCCAUGGACAGCAAAAUUUGUGUCAGCACCAGACCAGGUUUAG